UUGAUUUUUUAUCAUUUUAUUUUAUGAAAAAGUAAGUGAAUAACAAAACAGUUAUGGGUAAAAUUUGUUUUGUGAAAAAUUGUCCAAGUGGGCGUAAAUCCAAAAACAGAAAAAAUAAUUCGCCUCAGUCUCUUUCGUAUUUCCAACCAACAACACCGGUGAGAUUACAAAAUCGGAAAAUUUCGUUGGGCAUUGAAUUAAAAGCUACUGAUUACAUCUGUCAUCUCCAUUUUAAAGAGGAACAAAUAAAAAUGUACGAGAAACUUUAUAUAAAAGGAGAGCUCAAGAUUAUGCCUACAGGAAAAAAAAAAUACUUAAAGUAGAAGCUUUACUAACGAUCCAGCAUCAGUUUAUUCCGAUAUUUGAACAUGAGUUUGUAACAAGUACUGUAGAUGAACUGAAAAAGCCAAGCUUACAUUUAAAUAACUCUGAAGACGAACAGCUGUUUUAAAUGCAAGAAAACAACAUCGAGCCACAGAAAAUAUUAGCAUAUGAAGAUGUUUCUAAUAAUCUAAUAGGUGCUGGUGUUCAAAGUGAACAAGACUUGAUAGAACCACCUUUCAGUCAACACGCAUCUAAGGAUUCAAAGAAUCUACAAGAAAUCGAAGCUCCAAAAUUGUCGCCGUUUUGGUUGUAUGUAUCUAAGCCCAAUGGAUUUGUAUUUAUGCGAAUGGAUCCAAUAACUCAGCAGAUCAAAAUUCGGUUACGCUUAAACGAGGAUACAUCUAUUACUGUUAUUUUUCCUAACAAUGAAGAACUGCCUUUAAACGAAAAAAUUAAUUAAUCAAGUAGUGUCAUAUGAUUACUUGAAAUCAGUGGAAAGAUGGCCUUUAUCCGUUGGCAUUCAGAUUGACAGUACUAAGUAUUCAAAACUUUGUAAAAAUGUGAUUGUUGGUGAUGACACUUAUAAAAGAAAUCAAGCUAAUUAAAGAUGUAAAUCCUGUCGAAUGUUACGGAAUCGACUACAGAGUCGAAAUUAGACUUCAAAUAAUUUGGAAACAACUGCUACAAAAAAGACGUUCUUCAAAUCUGAUUAAACAGUGCAAACGUCUUAAAAGAAUGAGAAAUUUCAAGCAUGCGCAGAUUGAACAAAGUGUUUUGGAAGAGAGAGAAAAUAAAUAUUGUCGGCACCGUAAUGUUGGGACAUUCUUUCUCGUAUCAAGAAGGUCACCACGCCAUCGCGUCGAUCUCAAAACACCUAAUCUAUAUACAUGUAUAUAUAUGUAUGCGAUAAUAAAAAUAGGAUUAAAUGCGAUAUGUCGUUUAGUUAAUCAAAGAAUAAGAUGAUCAAACAUGCGUCAAAGUACAAAAAUGGAUUUAAAUCUGUAUUAAAAUUCAUCCAAGUUAUUUUUUAACCAAUCUAACUUAUAGUUGAUCGCAAAAAUAUCGAUUAAUUAAUAAUAAUGCCACCGAGUCGUUUAGAUGCCGUUUACAGAAGUAUUCUUCUAACUAAGUUUUUUACAAAGGGAUGGGGCAAUCCUCAAAAUUUGAAAAGGAUAUUUGAAUUUAGAAAAGUUAUAGCAAAUAGAGAAACUUGUUAUAAUCUUAUACCACGUAAUUAUCCAAUAAAUAUAACCAAGGAUGAACAAUGGUCUGACUGCCAUAUAAUAGAAGGUUCCUUUAUUUCUCCAUUUGAUCAAUAUCUCUCAGGAAUGAUGCCGGAAAAAAUAAAAACAGCAUAUUUCCAAGUUAUUUUACCACACAAAUGGAACUCUAACAAAAUAAAGCCUAUUUGUUUACAUCUUGCUGGAACAGGAGAUCACUUUUUUUGGCGACGGAGAAACUUAAUUGCUAAACCAUUGCUUAAGGAAUCAGGAAUCGCUUCUAUACUUUUGGAAAAUCCAUUUUAUGGAUUAAGAAAACCAAAAGAUCAAAUACGUUCAAGUUUACAUAACGUCAGCGACAUUUUUAUUAUGGGAGGUUGCUUAAUAAUGGAAUCUAUUGUUUUAUUGAAUUGGUGCGAACAGCAAGGAUUUGGACCAUUGGGUCUAACAGGUUUAUCGAUGGGUGGACACAUGGCAUCAUUAGCUGCUACGAAUUGGCCAAAACCUAUAGUCUUGGUACCGUGCCUUUCAUGGUCAACAGCCUCACCUGUCUUUACAGAAGGUGUAAUGAGUGCUUCUAUAAAUUGGAAUCUUUUAGAAAAUCAAUAUUUCUCUGAUGAAUCUUAUCAAAAUGAUCUUGCAAAAAUGGUGAAAGUUAUAGAUGAAGAAAAUGCGUUCUUGGCCGGGCAACAUUUUGCUAAACAUUAUCCUGCUAGUAUGAACAGAAUAAAUAGAUUAAAGGAAGAAUUAGGACAGACUAACGAGAAAAAAGAAAAUCUUACCUUAGAAAAAGAUGGAAGAGCAAAUGACAAUAAUAUUGAUAAUAAUUCUUUAGAUGAUACGCAUCAAAAAAAUAAAGGCAAUAAUUUAAUUGGCCAAGCGACUGAAGAGAAAUCUGCAGCAAAAUUGUUUUCUCUGAAUCUUAUUUCAAAUAAAUUAAAAUCAAAUGAUUUUGAAGCACUUAAAGUUGUUUUCAAAUAUACAGAUACGUACACAAGUAAAGUACGAAGAACAUUUGGUCGUGUUUGUUCAUUUCCCGUGCAGAAGCAUCCGCUAUUUUCAGACGGCAAGUGGCGAGAAAGAGAAGCUUUGCAAUUUAUGCGUGGCAUAAUGGACGAGUGUACGCAUUUAAAAAAUUUCGAAGUUCCUGUCGACACCGAACUUAUUAUAGCUGUCUGUGCGCGCGAUGAUGCUUAUGUUCCGCGAGAUAGUUGCAUGAGUUUAGAACAAAUUUGGCCUGGAGUUGAGAUACGUUACAUCGAUGCUGGUCAUGUCAGUGCAUACCUUCUUCAUCAAAAAGUCUUUAGAUCAACUAUCGCAGAGGCAUUUCAGCGAUCAUUGAAAAAAUAUCCUCUAGAUCCUAGUUGACAGAUAAAGACAUUUUUUUAAUGAAAGAAUAGAUAGUUUCAAAAUUGUGUUUUCAAUCAAAUCAACAAAUAUCUACUUUUAUUGUUAAACGAUUAUUUUCUUCUUAAGAAUAUGAAGGAAGAAAAUAUGUUAUACACAAAACGUUGCAAUCUAAUAUUUUGAAUGUAAACUAAACUGUAGAUUAGCCAAAUUUUAGCUAGUUUUAUUAUAUUGAUAUUGAUGCAAUAGAAUCAUAUUUUUUGCCAUAUUUUUUCAUUGGGCGAGACUUUACAUCUUUGCCAUAUUUAUAUAAGAAUAUACACGUUGAAAUUGAAAAAAAAUGUUAUAUGAUAUAUUCUUUG